AUGGCCAGCGGCGUUAUCCUCACGCGCGAGAUCGUGAACGCGCCACCAAACGUAGCGACGCCGGAGUUCUUCGCGGAAACCGCAAGGAGCCUCGCCGAAAGCUCCCGAGGAUCGAUAACCUGCACCAUCCUCGAGAAGGAGGAUUGCGAGCGCCUCGGCAUGGGCGCUUUUCUAGGAGUUGCCCAGGGCUCUGAGCUCCCUCCCAAGUUUAUCCAUAUGAAAUAUACCUCACCCGUCGUGACACCGGGAAAGACUCAAAAGCGCGUGUGUCUCGUUGGUAAGGGCAUAACGCAUGACACUGGCGGUUACAACCUCAAGACCGCCGGCUCGAUGAUUGAACUGAUGAAGUUCGACUGCGGCGGCGCGGCGGCUUGCUUCGGCACGAUGAAGGCCAUCAUGGCAUUGGAGCCGCCCAAUUUAGAGCUUUCCGUCAUUACGGCAUGCUGUGAAAACAUGAUCUCGGGGAAAGCGUACCAUCCCGGGGACAUUCUAACGGCGAGCAAUGGGAAAACCAUUGAAGUGUUGAAUACGGAUGCCGAGGGUCGCCUAACGCUGGCGGACGCACUUCUCUACGCCCAGCAGAAUAUUCCUAACUUGGAUGCCCUGGUCGACAUUGCGACGCUGACCGGGGCCUGCAUUGUCGCGCUCGGCACGGAGUACUCGGGCAUGUGGACCGCUCAUGAUGAUAUCGCCGCACGGCUGGAUUCUGCCGCCAAACUUGUCGGCGAGCGCGUCUGGCGUAUGCCACUUGCACCUGAGUACCGCGAGGGACUGAAGGGCAAAAUUAGCGAUCUCAAGAAUAUCACAGGAGGUCGAUGGGGCGGGGCAAUUAUCGCCGCCCUCUUCCUUCAGGAAUUUGUGAAAAAGGAAGUCCCCUGGGCACAUUUGGAUAUCGCGGGAACCGUGUGGAAUGAGAAGCAGAGCAUGGCGACAGGUGUUCCUACUCGUACGCUUGUCGAGUUCGUCGAAGGAAUCGCCCGUGGUUGA